UAGCAGAAGAUUCCCAGAGAAGAAAAAGAGCGUAUUUUGUUAGCGAAAAGCGAAGAAAAAGGGCGGAUUGCAGCGUGAAUCGUGUCGUGUACCUCCUUGUCCGAGCCCGUCCGUCGUGCUGCGCGCUGGCCCGAUCCCGUACUGCACCUCAGCCGGCCGCCACGGUAUAUGAUGAUAGCCCCGGCCCCCGUCGCAUUAUCCUUUGUGCAGCAGCCCCUUCCGGUUUGAUUUGCCGGCACGCACACGCGACAGGCCAGACCAGACCCAACUGAAGAAGAAUGGACGCCACCCGCGCCCUCCUCCUGCCCCGCUCCGACGGCGCCGUGCCCGGCGUCGUCGACUUCCGCGGCGGCCCCGCCCCGCGCGCCUCCACCGGCCGAUGGUCCGCCGCCAUGUUCGUCCUCGGUGUGGAGAUCGCGGAGCGGUUCGCGUACCACGGGGUGUCGGCCAACCUCAUCAGCUACCUCACGGGGCCGCUGGGGGAGUCCACGGCCGGCGCCGCCGCGGCGAUCAACGCGUGGAGCGGCGUGGCCACGAUGCUGCCGCUGCUGGUGGCCUGCGUCGCCGACGCCUGGCUCGGCAGAUUCCGCACCAUCGUGCUCGCCUCCGUCCUCUUCGUCGUGCCGGGUUGCCGUUGCAGAGCAUGGGCAUGCUGACCCUGUCCUCGGCGCUCCCGGUGUUCCACUCGGACGGGUGCACCAGCUUCACCUCGCUCUCGGGCGCGUGCUCGCCGUCGCCGGUGCAGGUGACCAUCUUCUACGUCUCGCUCUACCUGGUGGCGCUGGCGGAGGCCGGGCACAAGCCCUGCGCGCAGGCGUUCGGGGCCGACCAGUUCGACCAGCACCACCCCGAGGAGUCCGUCUCCCGGAGCUCCUUCUUCAACUGGUGGUACUUCGGCAUGUGCUCCGGCACCGCCGCCACCACCAUGGUCUCCAGCUACAUCCAGGACAACAUCGGCUGGGGCCUCGGCUUCGGCAUCCCCUGCCUCGUCAUGGUCCUCGCGCUCGCCAUGUUCCUGCUCGGCACCCGCCGCUACCGCUACUACACCUCCACCCAGUCCAGCCCCUUCGCCCGCCUCGCCAGGGCCUUCGUCGCGCUCCUCAAAGGCUCCAAGUCCAGCCAAUGCGCCAACACUCUUGCGGGUGAGGAUGGUGAGUUCAACGCGGAGCACCGGGAGGAGGUUCGGGGCCUGCUGCGGCUGUUCCCCAUCUGGGCGACGUGCAUCAUCUACGCCGUCAUCUUCUCCCAGUCGUCCACCUUCUUCACGAAGCAGGCCGCGACGCUGGACCGGCGGAUCGGCGCCACCUUCCGCGUGCCGCCGGCGGCGCUGCAGACGUUCAUCAGCCUGACCAUCAUCACCUUCAUCCCUGUCUACGACCGUCUCUUCGUGCCCGCCGCCCGGCGGUUCACGCGCCUGUCCUCGGGAAUCACCAUGCUGCAGAGGAUCGGCACGGGGCUGGUCCUCGCCCUCGUGGCCAUGGUGGUGGCGGCGCUGGUGGAGGCGAGGCGGCUGGGCGUGGCGAGGGACGCCGGGCUCGUGGACGACCCCAAGGCGGCGCUGCCGAUGAGCCUGUGGUGGAUGGUGCCGCAGUACGUGCUGUUCGGGCUGUCGGACGUGUUCGCCAUGAUCGGGCUGCAGGAGUUCUUCUACGACCAGGUCCCCGACGCGCUGCGCAGCCUGGGGCUGGCCUUCUUCCUCAGCAUCUUCGGGGUGGGCCACUUCCUCAGCAGCUUCCUCAUCUCCGCCAUCGACGGCGCCACCAAGAAGGGCGGCGCCAGCUGGUUCUCCAACAACCUCAACCGCGCGCACCUCGACUACUUCUACUGGCUGCUCGCCGGGCUCUGCGCGGCGGAGCUGGCCGCGUUCGUGGUCGUCUCGCGCGUCUAUGUGUACAAGAAGAGGGUGGCUCACCAUGACCAUGGCGACGGUGGUGCUGUCAUGUAAUCACUUGCUUGCGAAUGUAUAGAUGUAUAGCGUUAUAGUAUAAUGGAGACUGCUCGCCGGAAAAGGGGAAGCCUGAAAAUCAAUGUCGACGCUUCAUUCCUUGAACUGGGUGGUUAUGGCAGCACAGGACUUGUGGUUGGAAGCUCUGACGGAAAGCUUUGUAUGGGCGCACGCAGUUUGGUACCGGUUUGGUUUGCGGCUAGAGCUCAAGCCAUGGAGAUGUAUGCCCAUUCGUGAAGGAAUACAACUUGCCAGAGAUCUGGUAUAAGGGUUUGCAGUGAGAGCAA